GCGCGCGCGGUUGGGAAACGGAAGGGAUCGCAGCAGCAGGAAACCCGGUGGCACUUUCUGCGCUGCUGCUCUGCAUGGCCACAGGGUGACGGUCUCCUCUCCAGGAAUAAACACCACCAGGAUAUCAGAGUUCAAAGUGACCGCCCGGGCACGCCUUCACCUCCACUGUUGUAAUUCCAGGCUGAGGAGUCGAGGGGUGAUGGAUUGCCCGUCAGAUCUUUUCCAGCAGCAGCCGUCCCAGGUGUGCCACUUUGACCUGUACCAUAGUCCACCAGAGUCCACCUCCACUGGCCCCAUCAUUUCUCCUCUUUUGCACCCCAACAGUGCUUCCCAGAGGUGGGGUGGAUAUAGGCAGGGACAAUGCUUAUUCUCUGAUCUGCCAGCGCAUGAGGAGGAACAGGAGAUUGAUGCAGACAGGUUUGGGAGAAAAACAGCUCCAGGAGGAACUCCAAUUCCGCAGUACCGGCUUGGGGAUAGGAGACGAGGUUCUGGUGACUGGAGUCAGGACCUUCUGAGAGUGAAGCAGCUUAGAGUGGACAAUACGGUAAAGAGAGAGGCAGAGGCGGAAAGAGAAGGGCACAGAGGUAGGAGAAGUGUAGCCCAAUGGGUAAGAGCAGACAAGAGCGUAGAGGAAAGAGGACGGAGGAAGGAGAGCAGGGAGGGGAGGCAGCGGCAACGGCAUGAGCUGAAACUCCAGCUAGAGGAAACCAGAGGGAAGCUGCUAGAGCUUCAACGCAAAGUGUGGCAAGUAUAUGGAGAACAUCAUGUAGAUGAAGAGAAAGGAGGAGAAGGAGAUGAUGGAGUGAUGGACGAGACAGCAGAGAUUUUCUCUGAAGGAGAAACAGAGGAUAAUCUUGACAGUGGACUUUAUCCUCCUCUGGGUGCUAACAAUAAAAAACAUGAACGUUCAGGGAAUGAGAAUUCUGAGGUGUUUCCUGAAACCCCUGUGGACUUGGACCUUGACAUGGAGUUGGACGGAGGUGGAGUGUGGCUCGGGUGCAGUCUGGUGCAGGGAGAGUGGGAAAACAUAGGUGGCAGUGAGAAAUUUGCUCAGGCUCUAAAGCAGGAGCUGUCCAGUGCAGUGGCACGGGUCAUUGACAGGGUUCUCCAUCUCUAUGCUGAAACUGACCAAACAUUACCGUCCACUGCAGUUUUAGCCCAGGAGAUUCCCACUACUAGGGCACUAGACCCAAACCAUGAAAAGAAGCAAAAGCUUGGGGUGCCUGGUGGUACGACAGAACAAGCUGAAGCACUGCCACUGGUUGCAAAAAAACCUCACGAUAAAAGGAACCCUCUAAUUCCAGGCCGACAUAAGAACCUUCUCAUCCCUCAGGCUAACCCCAGCUUACCCCUUUUACCCCAGCCCCAUCUUUCUGCACUCUUACCACCAAGGAACAAAGACUCCUUCCUGCCAUCCUGCCCUCCAAACCCUCCACCACUGCCCCUGCCUCUUCUCCAUUACACCAUGCAGCAUCUCUUUACCCGUUCUCUUUCCAGUAUGCCGCUUCACAAAGACGGGCUCCCCAGUGAACCCUUUAUGGACUUUCGCUCGCACAAUCCCACGUUCCCUCCCUUACCUCUGCUUGGCCAGUUAAAUCCAUCUCUCACUGAUAGAGGAAGAGAUGAGGGGAUGAGAGUUGGAAUUGAUGGAGGAGAUUCAGCUUUAUAUCUUGGUCCUGGGGGCUCCCAGGAGGGUCUGUCUCCAUGUCAUCUGAAGAAAGCCAAGCUAAUGUUCUUCUACACACGCUACCCCAGCUCCAACACACUCAAGACUUACUUCCCUGAUGUCAAGUUCAAUCGCUGCGUCACCUCUCAGCUCAUUAAGUGGUUCAGUAACUUCCGGGAAUUCUUCUACAUUCAGAUGGAACGAUUUGCGCGUCAGGCAGCUCGUGAGGGUCCUGUGACAGCCAGAGAGAGGGGAUUGCGUCUGAGCCGAAAUUCUGAGCUCUUUCGCAUUCUGAACAUGCACUACAAUAAGAGUAAUGACUACCAGGUGCCGGAAAGGUUUGUGGAGGUGUCUGAAGUGGCAUUACGGGAGUUCUUCACUGCUAUCCAGAGUGGACGUGAUGCUGACCCCUGCUGGAAAAAGUCCAUUUACAAAAUCAUCUGCAAACUUGACAGCCCUGUGCCUGACAGCUUCCGUUUGCCAGGCUGCCCCAUGGACACACACCGCAUGGUCUAAAGACGCGCUCUCUCUUUCUCUCUUGCACAUACACCACUUACACAUCCUAUAGUGUAAGGGUUAAUGUGGAUAAAUACACUAAAACAUUGCCCAAAUGUAUUGGAGUUGGGAUACACACCCAAACACAUAUUGCCUGAUGAAAAUCAGCUUAGAUAAGCUGUCAAAAAUACAUGUUCAUUCAACCACAAACACAUACUACAUGCCAAAAGUUUGAAAGCAAAAUUAGUUUAGCAAAAAACAAGCAUGAAACCCCCCCCCCCCCCGCUCAAACAAACAAACAAACAAAAUUACUGACCAUAAUAUAAUUAAGACAACAAGGUCUAGCUUAACGUAUGCAGUAAUAGUCUAACUGUCUCUUAAUUUGUUUUUGCUUUUUGCAUUUAAAAUUUUGUUUUACAACAGUCAUUCAUAUGUAAUCUCACAUUCUAAUGUGCCUGAAAAACUAAAUGAAGUAUGGUAAAUUAGAGUGCAAGGAAGGGUUGUUAAAGAGACAAUGAAGGCUUUUUCCACACAGCAUGUUAAAAUAAUCACAUCACUGCAAGCCAAUGAAUUUUAGACCAAUCUCUUUUUAGUUAGACAAAAUGUCAUUGUACAUGUGCUGUGCUUGCUUGCGCACUUUUGGCCUGAAGUGUAUAAAUAAUUACUAAAUUAUCAUAUAAGCCAUGUGUAUAAUCUGAGAGUGAAUUAAUAGGGAUUUAUUGCCUUCCAGAUUGAAGAGAAAGAAAUACAUAUGGCACAAGAGGUCACUGGCCUUGUUGAAUGUAAACACUAAAUAGGACAUUGACAGGCAGUACGGAAUUUUUGGCUUUAUCGGUCCAGAGAGAUAAGCAUUAUUUAAAAAUAUUUAAAGUGCUUUUUCUAUUUAACAUGCCGAAACCUUAUUUACAUGUAUUUAUCAAGAAAAUGACAAAACAACUGUGGCCCUAGAUGUGGUUCAUUGUAAUUUUAUAUUUAAUAUUUGCUUAUUUGUCAUAAUGUUUGCUAAUAUGUGGCUAUUUCAUAAGACAUCAAAUGUAUAAAUGUGGAUUUGACGUGAUAGUACUACAUAAAAUUAAAUGUGAAAGUUCAACCACUUA